ACGACAUAUGAGAAGACGAGGGGCUGAGCAUAGAGAGAAGACGUGUCACUUGAUCGGAGGAUAGAGACGCGGGGGUGGCCUCGCCAGAGUGCACAGCGCUGGACACCUCUACAGCCGCUGCACUGGCCGUCCCUUCGUUGGCAGUGCCACCACUGCCUUUGGUCCCCCGUCCCCCUGUUCGGCCCCCACGUCCAGUUCUGCCGCCGCCACGACCACCCCUGCCACCUGCAGGGAAGCCAAUAAUCUGGUAAUUUGAGGUGGAAUGCAUGUCCAGAUCCUAUAUUCAAACUGUGGAAUUUGAGGAAGAUCCUAAGUAUUGCUACCACUGUCAAACUUGGAACCAUGGGCCUUUCUUUUGUAAGGUACUGGAACAAAAGAAAAAUAAGGAACUAGAGGUUAUCCACGCUAAUCUUUUGGAGACAGCUAACAAGGAGAAGGCCCCGCCUAGAGAAUGGGUUCCUACUGGAAAGAACAACGGCAGUGGAGGGUAUACUGAGCCAAAAGGGGGAAAUGUUCCUUCCUCUUCUAACACUGCCAAGGUACUAGAUGUGCCACAUGUGGCUGGAGUUGGUGUUCUGACCAAGAUUCCUGGGAAACAAACUCAUGAUGGGGCUGUUAUGGGUAAUACAAAGAAGAAGGGGAAUGAUGCUAAUUUGGUUGGGAGGAAACAUGAUGCUUUGAAGGGAGGCAAGGGGCCAGGCCCACCUCAUUGAUGAAGAUUCUCUGUUGGAAUAUUAGAGGACUUAAUAGGUCCUCUAAACAAAACUUUUUGUGUAAAUAUCUUUUGGAGCUUGGUGUCCAUUUUGUCUGCAUUCUCGAAACUAAACUUACAGAAGCCAAGUUAGAGGUGUUUGUGAGUGCCAAACUACCUGGUUGGAAAUAUGCCACUAAUUUUGAUAAUAUAUAUGGGGGGCGUAUGCUUGUUUUGUGGAAUCCAUCCUUUUUUGCUUGUAAUGUUUUGGAAAAAGGUGAACAGUACAUUCAU